AGUUAAAAUUGUGUCAAAUUAUCGAACUUCGAGACCGAGAUGACAAUUGAGUAUUUAAGUUUAGAAUUGGAUGGUCCACAGUGAUUUUCGUAUUGGAAUUUAUUUAUUUCAAAUCAGAAAUUAAAAAUGAAAGCUUUCCGUACUACGACUCUUUUAGAAGCGAUUCGAAAUAUAUUUCGAGGUAAACCAUACGAUGAUGGUUUGAGAUAUGCAGAUAAAAUUGCUGCACGUACACAACCACAGCCUUGUGUACCUCUUGGGCCUUAUCAUAAAAGUUCAAAGGUAUAUUAUUACACUCGUGAUGCUAGGCGUUCUGUAGAACCACCAAGUGUGAUAUACACAGCAGACCAGUUAGAAGCAGGGAAAGUUGAUUUGUCUCAAGUAAACUUGAAUCCACUUAGGAAACAACUGUCAAGUAAAUGAAUGCAAUAAAAUAAAUAUUAGUUAUACUUUAAAUGUAAUAUAUAAUAAAUAAAAUUAGCUUAAAUAGAA